AUGGAUUGCAAGAUCUGUCUCCAAAAAUACAAUGGUAACAUCCGAAAGCUUACUCCUCGAAUGCUGACCAAAUGCGGUCAUACCAUGUGUCAAAGCUGUAUUCGAAAGCAGACAAGGAAUCAAAGAAUCGUGUGUCCGUAUGAUCGAAAAGUGACGGAGGUUAGAAAUGGCGUGGAUCAGCUACCUAAGAAUUAUGCGGUUCUGGAAAUGAUGGAGGAGUCGAAAACUGAAAAUGGAGGAGUGGAGGAAGAUGUGGAGGAUUCGGGAGACGAUGAUUUGGAAGAUGAUGAGGAAGAAGACUCAGAAGAUUCCGAGGAUAUUGAAGAAGAUUCUGACGAUUCAGAGGAUUUUUCUGAAGAUUCAGAAGAUUCCGACAUCUAUCCAGACGAAUCUUCAGAUUCCGACGAUUCGGUGACACAGCACAACGUUCGUACACCUGGGUUUACUAUGGAUUGCAAAAUAUGCCUCCGAAAAUACAAUGUCACCGUCCCAAAUCGUACGCCUCGAAUUCUAACAAAAUGCGGUCAUACCAUGUGCCAUUACUGUAUCCAACAGCAAGCUGACGAUGAGAAAAUAGUUUGUCCAUUCGACAGAGAAGUGACCGAAGUUACAAACGGUGCUGCCAGAAAUCUUCCCAAAAACUAUGCACUUCUUGAAGUAAUAGAAAUGUUUGGAAAUGAAGAGGAUGACGUGGAAGACCCCUUAGACAAUGUCGUAGAGGAGAUGGUGGAGGAGAACCCAGGCAACGUCGUAGACAACGUAGAAGAGGAGGAGAAUGCUCCAGAUGCAGAAUCAUCAAGCUCUUGGGAAACCUCAUCAGAAUCGGAUAGUUCGGAAUCGGAUAGUUCGGAAUCCGAUGGCGUCUAUGCACAUUCUAGGUUUUUCCGUCGAGCAAAUGGUCACCGAAAUCGUCGUAGGUAA